ACAUUGUAGCAACAACUUGGGUCCUAGACUUUGUAAGAAAUGAUUAGUGUUGGGGCAGUCAUUGGACUGUCCAUUGUUACAUAUUCAAUAGUCCGUUGUUAUAAAAAUGCUUUCAAAACACUACCGAACUUUCCAGCAGGACCUCCACGGUUACCAAUAUACGGCGCCUACUGGAUAGUCCUGGCCACUGCGGUUAACAAUCUAUCGUUGGCUUUCCAAAGACUUGGGGAGUGGUACGAUACUAAAAUAGUGGGUCUUUUCUUGGGAACAUUACCAACGAUAAUUGUGAAUGAUUCCACUAUGAUCAAAGAAAUGUUGAAUCAUGAGGACUUUGAUGGACGAACGGACAUUAUUUUGGGUAGGCUUAGAGCCUACUGGAAAAGAUUGGGUAUAUUCUUCACGGAUGGCUACUUCUGGCAUGUACAAAGGCGAUUCUCCCUUCGGUAUAUGAGGGACUACGGGUUUGGAAGACGUGAUGGCACUUUAGAAUCAGUAUUAGAGAGCGAGAUCAAAGAAAUGUUGGAUAUGACAAUACAUGGACCCAAGAAUGACGCUGAAAUGAAACUAGUGAAGGGAGAUCUAAUCUACCUUCCUCAUUACUUCGCUGCGCCAUUUAUCAAUGGCAUACUCCACGUCGUCAGUCGAAUGACAGUCCCGAGAUCCGAUUACAAAACUCUCUGGGAAUUAGCUAAAUGGACGCUGGUUUUCCAAAGGAGUUCCAAUGACAUAGGUGGUGCACUCGCACUCACACCGUGGCUGAAGGAUAUUUUACCAAAUUAUAGUGGAUACACUGGAUUAAAGAAAGGCAAUCAAUAUCUGUUGGAUUUUUUUACGAAUGUAAUUAAUGACGUAAUGGCUACACAUGAUUCCUCUCAUGAUAGGCAUUUCCUGGACAUGUACAUUAGAAAAAUGAAGGAAGAAAUUGCGGAGAAAGGCAAAUCUACAUUUUCAGUGGACCAGUUGGCGCUGAUCUGCGUAGACUAUAUGUUCCCUGCUGCGACGGCAGUCGAGGCAGUACUUACAAUGCUCGUGGAACAUUUACUGCUAAGGCCCUAUAUACAGGAUCGGGUGCAUGAGGAGAUCGACCGUGUUGUGGGCAGCGGUCGCUUACCCAACCUAGAUGAUAGAAAAAACAUGCCCUACACGGAGGCGUGUUUGCGGGAAGCGAUGCGUUUUGACACGCUUGUACCGUUGGGUGUUCCACAUUGUGCAAUUAACGACACUAAGUUCCAUGGAUUCGAUAUACCUAAGGGUACAAUGGUCAAUGCAAACUUCCACAUGCUGCAUAUGGAUAAGGAAAUUUGGGGCGACCCUGAGAACUUCCGGCCCGAAAGGUUCAUUGUGGACGGACGACUGGACCUCAGUGUAGACAAAUCUCUACCUUUUGGUGCUGGCCGUCGUCUGUGCGCUGGCGAGACGUACGCGCGGCAGGCGAUGUUCCAGGUGUUCGCGGCGUUCAUGCAGGCGUUCCGGGUAUCGCCCGCGGGGGGCCGUCCGCUGCGGGGCCCCUCACAACGCCUGCAGGGCAUCAUCACCACUAUACCAGAGUACUGGGUUCGAGUCACGCCUAGGCAGCAAUUUAAUUAAUUCCUACUUAUUUUUUUUUUGAAG